AUGCCAAUCACUACCAGCAGAAAUGGCGGAGAAGUCAACCAUACUCCGAGUCGCGAGUUAGCUCUAGACGAAACGUCCGCUCACGCCGCUGAGCGGUCCGGUAAUCGGGAUGCACUCUCGACCGGCCCUCCGGUGUCGGUAUUGGACGCUCUCUGUCGUUGCAUCCUAAUUCCCCUCGUUUUGCUUAGUAGUAUCAUUUUUGUUGCGCUCAUGGUGGUCUUUGCCGCGCUGCCCUUGGCAAUUUUGACGUUUCUGCUAGAACCCAUUCCCCCCGGUAUUCUACUCCGAGCGUUGUUCGAAGGCGACGGUGACAACUGGCCUAGUGGCACCAACAGAGCAUCCUUAAGCCAAUGGAGCCGCGAGGAUAUCCAGAGUUCUCUGGUUCACCGAAUUUGUUUAGGGAAGCGGAACGUUGUCGAGUUAGACGAAGGAAUGGGUUGUGACCUGCGCCUGGACAAGUUUCAUCGUGGAGCGGUAUACUUCGAACUCGUUGGUGGAAUACCAGCAGACUUUCCAGGGACAAGCCGUACAUUUUAUGCCUUCUCGGACUGUAUUCGGGUUUUCACUGCCAAGCAAGCAGAAGAUGGGAUUGUCCCUGAAAGAAUCGCCGAGGUUGGUCUCGCCGCAGGAGAGCCCCCAAGGCAUGGUACCGUCGACAUGACAGUGGUGCCCCACUAUUUACACCGGACCUCGUACCACCACGGUAUCAGUACAAACGUACUAUUGACACCCUCUCCGUACCCGAUAUUAGACUACGGCGAUGCGGAUGUCACCAGUUCUCGUAUUGGUGAGAACAAUAGCUAUUUUCUUCCGUCCUCCAGCAGUGAUGAUGACGCUCAAUCACUUGAUGUUGGUCCGGAGACAGAUGCCGAAAAAUUGAACAAGAGAAAGUACGCAGUACAUGGUGACGACACCAUCUCGAACGACUGGGAAGACACUCUUUCACUUCUGGAACGAGGGGCUUAUUCCGCCAGCGCGUUAUCGCACUCUGGUGAAGACAAGGAAAAAGGCGACAGGCUAAAUGCUGUCCCGCCAGGUGGAUACAUUGGGGCCUUGAACAGACAGACCGUGACUAAAGUGGCAAGCAAUAAAAUUGAGAAGAAGGAUGAUCAAGAGACAAACGGUGAUUAUCCUGCGAAAGAAGCGUCGAGCUUCUUAGACAAGAGCUUUGAAGGCUCCCUGGUGAUUGUCCACCCACGAGAAGCAAGUGAUGGUCUUGCUGGUGGGACUGACGAUAAUUCGUCGCAUGCUCAAGACUGCAACGACUGUCAGACAAGCUGUAUUGGUCAUGAUGAUAGUGAUUGUGCAUCCAAUGAAUGUUACUCGAAUAUCGAUUCUAGUGUUGCGUCUGUUUCCAACAGAGACACGAUGCCAGUCCCAUUAAAGGAGCUUCGUGAUAGUGACGAUACCUCACAAGGCACAUCUUUUUGCUGCGAUAUAUGUUUGCUGGAGUUUGACGCAGAUUGGAUUAAGCGGAAGGCGACAUGCCCAUCGUGUCGGGAAGAUUACAUGAUCGAGUCAGCGGCCGGCCACAGCAGUAACCUGCCCAGCAGCCAAAACAGUGUUCACGGCAAUGAGAAUAACACAUAG